CGGCUCAGACCCUGGACCCUUCGCAAUCUCUGUGCUCCUGCAAACCUGUACUGAAGCCCAUGGGUUGUGACUCAUGACUUUAAUCCCAGCUCUCAGGAGGCAGAGGCAGGCAAAUCUCAGUCUCUGGAACUUGAGAUUCCUGAAGAGCUGCCCUAAGGACUCCGCGGAUCGUCAGACUCUGUGCGUACCUCUCUCCAAAUUUGAGGAUUCCUUACCUAUCUCCUCAAACUCACUACAAUUCAACGUGUCAUGGUUUCCAAACCCAGGAAUGAAUGGAGCACUGCCCUGUCCCACCUGGUGUUGGCAGGGGUGUCUCUGCAUGCAGCGGUGAGCUCUGUACAGUCCAGUCGAGGAGCAGCUGCUGGCUUCCUGCUGCAGACCUUAGCCGCCGUCAUUAUGUUGGCCCCAGAGCUGAACACACAUGAAGACUGUCUUGCUGGAGCUUGGGUUGCCACAGUCAUCGGUCUGCCUCUUCUGGCCUUUGAUUUUCACUGGGUGAAUGGGGACCGCUCUUCUGCCAACCUGCUUCUGGGAGGAGGCAUGGUGCUGGCAGUGGCUGGUGACCACCUUGGCCCUGAAGGAUGCUCUGUAGCUGGGCAGGCAGUACUGCUGGUGGUUGCAGUGACCAUCCUCAUUGUAGCUGUUUUCACAGCCAACACUUAUGGGAUGUGGGGGGGUGCCAUGCUGGGUGUGGCGGGCCUCUUGAGCCGGCUGGAAGAGGACAGGCUGCUACUGCUGCCAAAGGAGGAUGUCUGUCGUUGGGCCCUGGCUGCAGGUAGUUGGGCCUAUUGCCGGGCCUUGCACACACAGCGCCUGCAGUGGGAGUGACUGUGACACUGACAGCAACUCAGGGCUUCUGUGCCAGGUACUACUACUACCCCUCCUACCAGCCCACAUGUAGAGGCCCUCUCUCCUUGGGAUAAGCUAUCCUUCCUCUUAAAGCGAGCCUUUCUAGUUUCACUAAUGGGGCAAAACAUUCCUUCUCUGGUCAUGCAUGUGUGGAAGCUUACUUAAAUUAGAAGGCAAAGAACAGGUCUUUAGGACACUUGGGGCCUGAUUCUGGGGGGAACAUGGUUGUGAGUCAGAGGCCCGAUUUCCAAUAAACGUUAGGAAUAUA